AUGAGGGAGGAAGCAAAGCAGCUGCUAACAGUGGCGGUUGAUCCUUUGACACACCAGGUUAAGAUUUGUGAUUUUGGAAGUGCAAAAGUGCUUGUCAAAGGAGAAGCUAACAUUUCAUACAUAUGUUCACGAUUCUAUCGGGCACCAGAACUUAUGUUUGGUGCCACGGAAUACACAACCUCAAUUGAUAUCUGGUCGGCUGGUUGUGUUCUUGCUGAACUUUUGCUGGGCCAGCCAUUGUUUCCUGGGGAGAAUGCUGUGGACCAGCAUGUAGAGAUUAUCAAGGUCCUAGGUACACCCACUACGGAAGAAAUUCGCUGCAUGAAUCCCAAUUACACAGAUUUCAGGUUUCCACAGAUUAAAGCGCACCCAUGGCAUAAGGUUUUUCACAAAAGGAUGCCUCCGGAAGCAAUUGGUCUUGCUUCAAGACUCCUGCAAUACUCACCAAGUCUUCGUUGUACAGCUGUAAGUUGCUAG